AUGGGUUUCUAUGGAAAAUCCUCAACAAAUUCUCAUUUCCAUUCUUCAAACUUCUUCUGUCAAAUCAUCACGAUAGUACUAUUAGUUUUUCCCAGUCCUUCAAACUCAAUCUCCUUCAACUUCCCAAAAUUCCAACGAAAUGAUCCUCGAAUAAGUUUCCAAGGAGAUUCAGUGAGGAACAGUAGCGUCAUUGAAGUCACCAGGACCGAUGCUAAUCUUUUAAUUAAUCUUAAUGGUAGUGUAGGCCGUGCCAUUUACUCGGAAGCUAUACAACUUUGGGAUGCAGCCACUGGAAGGCUGACAGACUUUGAUACACACUUCUCGUUUAUCAUUGAUGGGCAUAAUGAGACUGCUGCUGCCGAUGGUUUAGCUUUUUUUCUUGCACCUUUUGGGUCUAUGCUUCCUUCAGAUUCGUGGGGUGGAGCUCUCGGCUUAUUGGGUAGGAACGUAGCUGAACAGAACUUGGCAACAAAUCAAGUUGUUGCGGUCGAGUUUGAUAGUUUUAAAAACGAAUGGGAUCCAAGCACAGAUCAUGUGGGUAUCAACGUUAAUUCGGUAGUAUCUGUGGCUACCAAGUCACUACCAAAUGGUAGUAUAAGGGAUGGAAGAAAAGCUAAUGCUUGGGUAAGUUAUAAUUCUACUACAAAAAACUUGAGCGUUCUUCUAAGUUACGAUGAUAAUUCAAUUUUCGAUGGGAGUACUUCUAGUUUGUCAAAUGUUGUUGAUCUAAGCAAGGUUCUACCGGAGCAGAUUACAGUUGGAUUUUCAGCAGCCACUGGCGUCUUUUUUGAAGACCAUAAAGUCCUUUCCUGGCAAUUCAAUUCCACUUUAGAGUUAAUCUGA